AUGGACAAGCUUAAACUUAUUUUACUAAAGAUCCUGCUUCUUACGACUGUAAUCGUUAUUUUAUCAGCUAAUACAGUCGACGCUAAGAAGAAUAAAAAGUUUACUCAACACAACAUAUCAAAGGAACCUAAUCAUAAACAUACUGAAAACAAUCACAAGAAGCUUAAAAGAAGUGCUCACGGCAAGAGUUGGGGCAGCAAACAGAGUUACGGGUCUUACGAUCUGCCCCCUUACUUGGUAUAUAACAAAAAGUUAGGAGCUUACUACCCGUACUUCAAGUACCCAGAAAAUAAUUUGAGAAGAUACUUCAAGAAUAAACACUACAGCACUACUAAUAAUAAUUACAAUACUCUCCCGCGAAAUGUUGUAAAUCGAAACGUAAAAUGA